AUGCUCCACGAAAAUGAAUCAGAAGACGUUGGGACGACGAAAAGUUGUGAAGGAGAGGAGAUGAAGAAGAAAACACUUGAGAAGUGUGGCGGACAUAUUGACCAUGUCCGGAAGGCAGAAAAAUGGAAUGUUUUGGCUAACGGAGGAGGAGAAGAACGCAAAUUGUAUUCAGAUUGUUGUGAGUUUGGAAACGAGGAAUAA